AUGGCGGCUGCCGAGUUCUACAAUACUGGCCCCCAUCCUGGUGGGAGCUAUGGCUCCAAUGACGAUGAUGGUUACGAUAGACAGGAUACACACUCGCCCAUCUCUUCCAUUUCCAAUAGCGCCUCGCUAACUCACAAGCCUUUGCCCUCCCAUCCCCCGUUUCCUCCGACACACACCGCCACCGGUUACAGCGACGACUUCUUUGGCCGUCCCCAUUCAACCCAGUCAAUAGAUACAGCCUAUCACCCGCACGAAUCCGAACGGCCAGCGGGCCCAUUACAUUCGAGUUCCUACAACUCCCACGACUCUUAUGGGAAACCAACCGGACCUUAUAGCGAUGAUAUCCCUCUCAAUGAUACCCGUCCAGGUCGGAAGCCAUCGCACGACCUGGCGGCCGUUGAGGGUGGCGGGCACGCCGGUUCAAAGGGGAAGAAGGGAAAUUUCUCUCUCCUGAAAUCGAGCAAGGGACCAAGGCCGUGGUUUUGCUACCUCAUGGCUGUAAUCCAGAUCUCGGUGUUUAUCGCAGAGUUGGCACGCAAUGCGGUACUUACAAAGACGCCCAUUGCAAUCAAACCGCAGUUCAAUCCUAUGAUCGGCCCCUCGGUUCACGUUCUCAUUAACAUGGGCGCAAGGUUUGUGCCUUGCAUGAAGACAAUCGAGGGCAUCACAGACAAUCCCAUCAGUACAUAUCCCUGCCCCGACACUACUGUUGAGGAUACGUCACGGGAAGGGUGCACUCUUGCAAAGUGGUGCGGUUUCGGUGGGGCCAACAUCCCUAGCGACCUUGGGGGAACUGCGCCAAAGGGCGGCGAGCCAAAUCAAUGGUAUCGAUUCAUCACGCCAAUAUUUUUACAUGCCGGGUUGAUUCAUAUCGCGUUUAAUAUGCUGGUGCAGCUCAAAAUUGGUACGGAUAUGGAAAGGGAGAUUGGGCAUUUAAGGUUUGCGAUAGUAUAUUUCGCUUCGGGGAUUUUCGGUUUCGUGUUCGGCGGCAACUAUGCUCCCAACGGACAACCUAGCACGUAUGCUUCUGCGAACAUUCUUGGGAAAGAUUAUGCACUGACGCACCGCAGGGGCUGUUCCGGAUCUUUGUUUGGAAUUUUCUCAUUGAUUCUUCUGGACCUGAUAUGGACUUGGCGGUUACGCAAGUCGCCAAAGAAGGACCUUGGAUUUCUUUUGUUUCAAAUCAUCAUCUGUUUUGUCAUUGGAUUGCUUCCGGGCUUGGACAACUUUUCCCACAUUGGAGGAUUCCUGAUGGGGCUUUUUCUUGGUCUUACCGUCUUGCAUUCUCCACCAUCGAUCCGACAAAAGAUCGGUGCUGGUGCGCCGCCUUACACCCCGAUGGCAGUCAACAGUUCACCGUACGCUGCAAGCCCCCAUUCCGCGCUCCCCGGUGGCUUUAUCGGGUUUUUCAGGAACCCAGCGGGAUUCUUCAAGGGACGCAAGCCACUUUGGUGGGCGUGGUGGCUUGUUCGAGCAGCUACCCUUGCAACAGCACUAAUCGUUAUGGUUGUCCUCAUCAACAAUUUUUACAAGUUCGAGAAGACCUGCGGAUGGUGCAAAUACCUUAGCUGUCUGCCCGUACUCGACUGGUGCGAGAUGGGUGCAUUGACCAUGAAAAACACCACCACCACGAGUGAUGGCACUAGCGAUAAUCCUGCGAGGAUGCUAGCGAGAAGUCUAGCCCCGGCAGACUUGCUGCAAUUUAUU